AUGGCUCUUCUUCCACGCCUGUCCUCCUUCGCUCCCGCGCGAACCGAAUUCGGCCCCUUCUUCAACCUGUUCAAUGACACCUUCAACGAGCUCCAGAAACUGUCGGACUCGGUCUCACGCACCUUCUCACCACGCUUUGACCUGAAGGAGACCAAGGACAGCUACUUGCUGGAUGGCGAGCUGCCGGGGAUCGAUCAGAAGAACAUCGAGAUCGAAUUCGUCGACGACCAAGUGCUGACCAUCAAGGGCCGCACCGAGACGUACAAGGAAGAGGGCCAGCCUCCCAAGGAGGCCACGGCCGGGGGUGCAAAGGCCGCCGAGCCCGAGUCCACCAGCUGGAUCUCGGAGCGCAGCGUUGGCGAGUUUGCACGCAGCUUCGCGUUCCCCUGCCCUGUGGACCAGAACAAGGUCAAAGCCAGCUUGAAGAAUGGCGUGCUGAAUGUUGUGGUGCCAAAGAUGGAGAAGGCCAGCACGACCAAGAGAGUCACCAUUGAAUGA